UGAAAUAGCAAGAAAACCAGUUCUCCUCUCUUCUUCCCUACUGAUUUAGCAUUUAGGCCAUCAGAUAAGACGUUACUUUGAAGGUGAUAUUAGAGUCUCUAAAACCAGUUCUUAUGUUGAGAAUCGAUGUUUGAAUCUUAUGUUGAGAAUCGAUGUUUGAAUUCAGAAUCGAUUUUAUGUUUCUUUUCGGUUGUUUGCUUGGUCUGCAGGAAACUACUCUGGAUUUAUGGUUAUUUCACUGGUUAUCCAACUUCUCUGAAAAAGAUUGCAGUGAUUUAAAGUUCAUUGUGGAUUCCCAUCCAGUAAGGAUUUUUUCUUUCCCAUCAAUGUGCAUGUUCUCAAGAAAGCAGUAUCCAAUCUUAGUAGGCGCAACAGUGUGUGGAGUGUGGAUCCUCUUCGCAGCAUCUUUGACUCCUCUCGGAGAUGUUUCUCUCUCUUGAAGAGAUGGAUUGAGAAAUUGCAUUGUCAUGAUUGUGGUUUUGUCCAGGAAUUCUUGUAUUAACUUCUCUGCAGGAGGAUAUUGUUCAACUAUGAUGGAUCCUAUAGAUAUAACUUCUUCAGAUAGUGAAAAUGAAGUUACCAUAGAAAAGAAAACCUCACUUGCAGUGGGACCUUCUGCUUCACAGACUUCAAGGAAGCUUCCUUCAUGGGCUUCAACUUCCAGCCCAAAUUCAGCAAAUUGUAAUGGAUCGCAUCAAACGCCUUUGUUGCCUGGAAGAACAUCACUUUCUAACAAAAGGUCUGCAAACCAUGAUCACUAUUCACAGUCUGAACUCCAAAUCAAUCCAAAUGGUGAUAAGGACAAAACUUUGAAUCAGGAGAGUGCCUUGAUAGAUUAUUCUAAAUACUCCAGAGAAAAUGGAUAUACAGAUCAGCCAAUGAAUUUUGUUGACAUUGAAAAUCUUGGAAGGUCAAUUGAUUCCAGAAAUAAUGAGAUGCUUGGUACAGCUUCUGGAAAGGUUUUAUCCCAACAAAAUUCAGGGAGGAUCCUUCCACCGUCUCUUCAUCCAUUUUCGACUAGUACCAAAUCUAAAACUUCUUUGGAGAAUGGAGCUAGGAGUUACAUCCCAGAUACUUAUGGCAAAUCCUAUAAUUUUGGUGGUGCAACUGCAACUGAUCAUAAUUUUUAUAUGAAAGAUCAUUUAGUCAAAGGGAAUGAUAACGAUGCUAUUGUGUGUGAAAAUAAAGGAAGUAGGCUUCUACCUCCAUCUUUGACACAAGCAAAGUCUACUGGUUUUUCAUUCGGUGGUUCAAAUGAUCCUGUAUUUCGUCCUCAUGUGGGAGAAGAAAGGUCUGCAGAGAAUGAUGAGAGAAUAAUUUUUCAAGCUGCUCUACAGGUAAUUUUUUCGUGACCCUUUGUUAAUUUA